AUGGCCUGGGCCCCAGAACAGAAAAGGGCAGAGCCUAAUCCAAGAGAUUUCAGGGCCGGCCGGGAUGGCAGGGGUGGUGGCGGCUGGAGCGCUCCCUCCGGCUCCAUGGAGCUUAGAGCCUCAGGCCCCAGAGAACCACCUCUCUGCUUUAGACUGAGGAGCAAUAUGAUUGGUGUGGUGAUUGGUCGUGGUGGAUCAAAGAUAAAAGACAUCCAGGCUAUGACAAACACCAAAAUACAGAUCAUAAAAGGUGAUUCUGAAGCAGAGGUAAAAAUUUUUGGCGCCACGGACAUGAAAGCAAAGGCCAAAGCAGCUAUAGAUGCUCUUGUUAAAAAACAAGAACGAGGCCACCAUUCAGAGUCCCGUGUGGAUAGUGCCACACCUCAGGCCUCUGCUGGAAGAGAGUUUCGCCCAGAUAACACUGGCGGUAGGCAAGUUCAGUCACUGAUAGAUUGGGAUCAAAUUAGGGCAGAAGUUGUAGAGUGGGAAAAAAGAAAAUGGGCAUAUUUACCACCAAUUAAGAAAAACUUUUACGUAGAAUCUGAAGCAACCAGCUCAUUGUCUCAAGUUCAGGUAGACAUGUGGAGAAAGGAAAAUUUUGACCUAAUAUGUGACGACUUGAAAGAUGGUGAAAAGCGCCCCAUCCCCAAUCCUACUCGUCUGUUUGAGGAUGCUUUCCAUCCUUAUCCUGAACUUAUUGAAAGCAUUAAAAGAGCAGGUUUUCAAAAGCCAACGCCAAUUCAGUCACAGGCGUGGCCAAUUAUUCUACAAGGAAUAGAUCUUAUAGGAGUUGCGCAAACCGGAACGGGCAAAACUUUGUCCUAUUUAAUGCCUGGGUUUAUCCACCUCAAUAAUCAACCAAUAUCCAGAGAGGAAAGGAAUGGACCUGGCAUGCUAGUCCUUACACCCACUAGAGAAUUAGCUCUUCAGGUGGAAGCUGAAUGUUCUAAGUAUUCAUAUAAAGGUCUUAAAAGUAUUUGUAUAUUUGGUGGCAGAAAUAGAGAACAACAAAUACGAGACAUUACCAAAGGCAUAGAUAUCAUUAUUGCAACUCCUGGACGACUAAAUUAUCUGCAAAUGAAUAACUUUGUCAACUUACAAAGCAUAACCUACUUAGUCUUAGAUGAAGCAGAUAAAAUGCUAGAUCUGGGGUUUGAACACCAGAUAAUGAAGAUUUUAUUAGAUGUGCGCCCAGACCGCCAGACUGUUAUGAUAAGUGCAACUUGGUCAGAUACCAUUCAUCAGCUUGGUCAGUCUUAUUUGAAAGAGCCUAUGAUUGUUUAUGUUGGUACUCUGGAUCUAGUUGCUGUUAAUACUGUGACGCAAAAUGUGAUCAUUACCACACAAGAAGAAAAACGAUCUCUUCUCCAAGAAUUCCUGCAGAACCGUUCACCCCAAGACAAAGUCAUCGUGUUUGUCAGAAGAAGACUUGUUGCUGAUGACUUAUCAAGUGAUUUGAGCAUCCAAGGCAUAACAGUGCAGUCACUACAUGGCGACAGAGACCAGCAUGAUCGUGAACGAGCAUUGGAGGACUUCAGAAGUGGAAAAGUGAAAGUACUGAUUGCUACUGAUUUAGCAUCCAGAGGUCUUGAUGUUAAUGAUAUCACACACGUAUAUAAUUACGACUUCCCGCGCAAUAUUGAAGAAUAUGUACACAGAGUGGGGCGAACUGGAAGAGCAGGGAAGACUGGUUUAUCAAUUACCCUCAUGACUCAAAAUGAUUGGAAGAUCGCCACUGAAUUGAUUAAAAUUCUGAAACGAGCAAAUCAGAGUGUCCCUGAAGAUCUUCUAACAAUGGCCGAGCAAUACAAAUUGCAUAAACAAAAAAAGGACACAGGAAAAAGAAAAUCUCAAGGAAAAUCCAGGGAGUUUUAUUGA